AUGUCAGAGGGAAAUCAUAGCACUGUGGCUGAAUUCAUCCUUACUGGAUUCCCUGGACUCCAUCCGGAGUACGAAGGCCUCGCCUCAGCUGUGUUGUUCUUGGUUUAUUUCUUAACUUUCACAGGCAAUGCUACAGUUCUUUUUUUAUUUGCGACCGACCGCAGCCUUCAUAAGCCGAUGUAUUAUGUAAUUCUAAACCUGAGUGCCUGUGACAUUCUCUUCAGCACAACCACUUUACCUAAGAUCAUCAGCAAGUACUGGUUUCAGUCAGGGAGCAUUUCAUUCACUGCUUGCUUUGUGCAAAUGUACUUUGUUCACUAUCUGGGCAGCGUGAACUCCUUUAUUCUUUUCCUAAUGGCUUUAGACAGGUAUUUAGCUAUCUGCCAUCCACUCAGAUAUCCAACUCUUCUUAAAAACUCCACCAUCUGCAUUCUCAGUAUUACUGCAUGGAUUGUUGCUAAUGCCGCCCCAUUAAUGUUAGUUAUUAGGGCAUACCCUCUUCCUUAUUGUGCCUCAAACAUAAUCAACCACUGCUAUUGUGAUCAUAUUGGUAUAACGAUACUGGCAUGCACUGACAGAGCCCCUUAUAGUUUUCCAGCUUUCAUGUUUGCAAUGUGUGUGUUACUGGGACCUCUGGCAUUUAUUUUUUUCUCCUAUUGCUCUAUAAUCAUAACAGUACUGAAGAUAGCAAAUGUACAAGGUCGCCUCAAAUCUUUGUCCACGUGUAGUACUCAGCUGAUUAUUAUAUCUCUCUAUUAUUUACCCAGAUGUUUUGUUUAUUUAGCCAGCAAUGUUGGCAUUAAAUUUAGUUCCCACAUGCGGAUAGUAAUUAUCAUGCUGUAUAGCCUUGUUCCCCCCAUGAUUAAUCCUUUUAUAUACUGCUUAAGAGCUAAAGACAUGAGAGAAAGCUUGUGGAGGCAAUUUAACAGAAGGAUCGUGUCACAGAAAGUUUCAGUUGUUAGUAACUAA